AUGGCGAACGGAGCAAGUAUCAUAAUCGGACUCGUUUUCGUGAUUUUGGCUAGUCUCUGUGCCUGGUUCUUUGCACCAAAGGGUGAUAAUCAGACGUACGCUCCAUUUUCCAGUGUCUCGAUUCGAAAAAUUCGAAGCACAAAUGCUGAUAUGAUAAUGUUAUAG